AUGGAGGUGCCACUGACUGACACCUACCAGCAGGAGACCUGCAGCAAGCUCCAGGGAGCCCAGGGCGGGCUCGGCGAGUCCUGCGCAGCCUUCCCACUCCUGUCCUGCCUGCCCUCACUGACGCUGAGGUGCCCCAAGCCACCCCCUAAGAACCCAGCACGCCUCAUGGCCCUGGCCCUGGCUGAGCGGGCUCAGCAGGAGUGCGGGGGCACCCCACCUGCUGCCCAAUCCCCCUUCCGCCGCUCGCUGUCUCUGGAGGUGGGUGGGGAGCCACCAGGGACCUCAGGGAGUGUACCAGCCCCCAACUCCCUAGCCCACUCGGGCACCUGCGUGCCAGGACCCCCACCCUACUUACCAAGGCAACAAAGUGAUGGGAGCAUGCUGAGGAGCCAGCGGCCCAUGGGGACCUCAAGGAGGGGACUCCGAGGCCCCACCCAGGUUCCUGCCCCCGGCUUCUUCUCCCCAGCCCCCAGGGAGUGCCUGCCACCCUUCCUUGGGGUCCCCAAGCCAGGCCUGUACCCUCUGGGGCCCCCAUCCUUCCAGCCCAGUUCCCCAGCCACAGUCUGGAGGAGCUCCCUGGGCCCCCCUGUACCACUCGACAGGGGAGAGAACCUGUACUAUGAGAUCGGGGCAGGUGAGGGGUCCCCCUAUUCCGGCCCCACCCGCUCCUGGAGUCCCUUUCGCUCCAUGCCCCCCGACAGGCUCAAUGCCUCCUACGGCAUGCUGGGCCAAUCGCCCCCACUCCACAGGUCCCCCGACUUCCUGCUCAACUACCCACCCACCCCCUCCUGCUUUCCCCCCGACCCCCUUGGCUACUCAGCCCCCCGGCACCCUGCCCGGCGCCCCACCCAGCCCGAGCCCCUCUACGUCAACCUAGCCCUGGGGCCCAGGGGUCCCUCACCUGCCUCUUCCUCCUCCUCUUCUCCUCCUGCCCACCCGCGAAGCCGUUCAGAUCCCGGUCCCCCAGUUCCCCGCCUUCCCCAGAAACAACGGGCACCCUGGGGCCCCCGAACCCCUCACAGGGUGCCCAGUCCCUGGGGCCCCCCUGAGCCUCUCCUGCUCUACAGGGCAGCCCCACCAGCCUACGGGACGGGGGGUGAGCUCCACCGAGGGUCCUUGUACAGAAGUGGAGGACAAAGAGGGGAGGGGGCUGGUCCCCCACCCCCUUACCCCACUCCCAGCUGGUCCCUCCACUCUGAGGGCCAGACCCGAAGCUACUGCUGAGCGCCAGCUGGGAGGGGCCCUCCUUCCUUCCCUUCACCCUCACUGGAUCUUGGCCCAGCCAAAUCCCUUGUUUUGUAUUUUCUUGAGCCCUGACCCCUAACCCCAGGUUUCUAACUUUGUAACUUGCUUCUGAUGUGGGUUUCUAACCUGUAAUCCCAGCUUCCCUAUCCUGGGCUGACGGGUCUGCCCACCCCCCACCUCCCUCCAUCCUGGGGGUCCUCGCACAAAUCUGGGGAGGGGGUGCUAGGCUGACCCCAUCCUCCUCUCCCUCCAGGAGCCCCCAGCAUGUCCUAACCUGUGCACGGGGGUGGGGGCACAGUUCCUGCCCUUCUCUCCCCACAUGCCCCACUAAACCAUCUGACAACAUUAACGAAUAAAAUGGCGAAAACGUGGCUGCUGGUGUCGUGCUGGGGCCAAACUCAGUGAGUGGAGAG